AUGUUACCUCCCACGGCCGGUCUAUCACAAGAACAACGCGACCGGCCCGACAUGGCGUACCAGCAACGUCAGGACGUGCGAGAGCUAACCAGAGAAAUCAUCAGAAGCGCUCGAGUAGCCAACAGAACACAUUCAACAUCCCCUGGAGUUCGAGACCGUUUCCCGUCAACAUCAUCAACGGACGACAAUGAGAGCGGUACAGAUGGAGAAGCAGACAGAUCUCGUCGUGUCAGCCUCAUACACGGAGGAGUGCCGACACCUCCCCCCGGCAUCGUGUCCAUUCGCAAGCGACGAGGGAACCUUGCGAAACAUUCUGUCAAGAUUCUCAAGAAGUGGUUGUACGACCACCGGUACAAUGCGUACCCUAAUGAUGCUGAGAAGAUCGCGCUAAGUCAAGAAGCUAACUUGACCGUAUUGCAGGUAUGCAAUUGGUUCAUAAACGCUCGUCGGCGUAUCCUGCCGGAGAUGAUCCGGCGCGAGGGCCACGACCCGCUGCACUACACGAUCUCGCGACGCGGCCGCAAGCAGCCGGGCGGCUCCAGCUCUAACGCAAACAGUGCCGGCGUCGUCGUCGCCUCCUGGGACGGAGUCGAAGUUGAGAACGACGCAGACCGCAGCGCCGAGCAAGAGUACAGCGACGGGCUGCUGGUGUACCGGAGCGACGGAGACGACAUCGGCGACGGAGAGGAGGGAUACUCAUCUAGCGCUGUCUCAGAGGAGGAGGUCAAAUACGACCCCUCCGUCUGGCAGUCCGUCAUACGGUACGGACCAGAGGACCAGGAACUACACCCCGUCGCCCGAGGGCGUACGGCGGGCGUGGUGUCAGUGCGCACGGAGGCGGAAGAGGGCGCGGAAGCGGGCGCAGGCGCGGCGCCGGCGGACGCGGGCAGCAGCGCCGAGGGCGGCGCGGCCGGCGGCUGGCACCCGCAGCUGGCGCACCUGCCGCAGCUGCCGCAUCCACUGCGGCGCCGGCUACAGGUGGUGCCUACGAAUGUGAGCAGUGAAGGAGAGCGAGACAAGUUCAAGUGUCUGUACCUGCUCGUCGAGACCGCCGUCGCAGUGCGCCAGAGGGAGAAGGAAGCGGAGGAGGUCCCCGUCUAG